AUGGCUUCGAACAAUUUGGGUAAGAGAUCCCGUCAUGCAACUUCCCCAGUGUCACUUCCCCCUUCUAAACGCCAAGCUCGUGCACAAAAUUAUUAUGAUGAAGAAAACAAUCCUUUUUUGGGACCAACGAUAAACAAAUCAAGCAACGAUGAAGUUCCAAAAAAGGCAGAUCGAUUACCCAGAUCAGCGCUCACUAGAUCGACGCCUACUACACGUACGCUUAGGAAUAGAACUGUAAUGUUCGAUAAAGAAAUUAUAGAGGGAAAGAGCAAAGUAAAAAAAAAAGUCGUAGUUAAAGAUGAGUCGUCACCUGCCCAAAAUCCUACGCCCCAGACCCCGCGCCAUAGAGACGCGUUUUCGAAGAAAGUACCUGUUACUCCUAGACAUAGGAUUACACUAAAUGGAACAUCCUUUACUCCCCGAACACCGAUGACCCCUGGUGGGUCUAUAAUCACAAUCUACAGUCAGGCACGGCAAAUAUUUUCACGAAGCUCUGAGCCCGGUCAAUUAGUGGGAAGAGAUGAGGAACGUGAAAAAUUAGUAAAUUUUAUUGCGAACAGAAUCUCGAAAAACUCCGGUGGAUGUAUUUACAUAAGUGGCCCAGCUGGGACUGGAAAGAGUGCGAUGGUCGGGGAAGUUACUAAGAAGUUUGAAACUUCUAAAGUGUUAAAGAAGUUGUAUAUCAAUUGUAUGAGUAUAACCGCGUCGAGCGAUCUAUACGAUCAAUUUCUUGAGGCUUUUUGCAGUGAUAUCGAUGUAUAUGAGGGCCAAGAGGUGGAAACUCUACAAAGUUUGUUUGUUCCUCAAAAUAGUACCAAAAUUUCAUAUAUCGUCACGCUGGAUGAGAUUGAUCACAUUCUUUCUCUGGAUUUAAAUAUCCUCUACAAAUUAUUUGAAUGGGCUCUUCAAAAGAAAACACAUUUGAUUCUACUGGGCAUCGCGAACGCAUUGGACUUGACAGAUCGCUUCCUUCCUCGCCUCAAAGCUCACGAUCUAAGGCCCGAGGUCCUUCCGUUCCUACCAUAUACGGCUCAUCAAAUAAAAGAAGUAAUCACUACUCGGUUAAGGUCAUUGAUUCCUACAGAAAGAGCAGACUCAGACUUUGUCCCUUUCAUGCACCCUUCAGCGAUUGAGCUUUGUUCCCGCAAGGUAUCAAGUCAGUCUGGAGACCUCAGGAAAGCUUUUGAUAUUUGUAGACGAGCAAUAGAUAUGAUUGAACUGCAAACUAAACAGAGACACGAGCAAGCACUGUCGGAGGACACAUAUUCAGAAAGCCCUCUCAAAAAUCUUACAGGGAACUUAAACAUCCCUUCUUGCCAAAAGACAAUUUCAAGAAAAUCUCUGGUAGAUUCUCUUGGAAAACUCACGUUUGAGACAGCCCCAAGAGCUUCCAUAUCUCACGUCAACAAAAUCACGUCUUUGACGUUCGGAAAUGGCGCUAAUCAUCGACUCAGGUCUUUAAACCUUCAACAGAAAGCAGCUCUAUGUGCAUUAGUCGCCCUAGAGAAGCGCAAGAGGGAGGCGCCCGUAAACGUUAUGGCGACUCCAUCAAAAACAAAAGACAACGCACCCAGUAUCAAAGCGCUUUAUGAUGUUUAUUGUACACUCUGCAAGCACGAGCAGUCUCUUCAUCCCCUUACGAGUAUCGAUUUUAAAGACAUAAUUAGCAGUCUCGAAACACUCUCUUUAGUCACUUAUGUAGACAAGCGAUGUGACUCUUCGCUCAGACCAAGAACAGCACAAUCUCGGAUGGCAAAGUUUGGAACUGGUCUGGGAGUUGGUGAAAGAAAUAGGAUUAAAAGUUGUGUUGGAGAGGAGGAAAUUUCUCAAGCUCUUGAGGGGUUUGGAGGUGGCAUUCUGCAAAAUAUACUGAAAGGAGAAGGAUUGGACUGA